AUGGAGAGCUCAGCUAAAGAUUCCCAACCAUGGAAUCGCCUUGACGACAUCGUACAGCUAUCUUAUACCGUUACAGGCGUAGACGUAAUUUACUCUCAAUACAACGACACCACCUGGCACCUUCACAUCCUCUCGGAUCAAAACAAAUACUAUUAUGCGCGGUAUCAAGGAGAGACGCAAUUGGAAAAGCUUAUGCAAAUACGUGAACCACCAGCUACAUCACCAAGUGAUUUCACUCGCUGGCUUUUGGAAAGCAUCAUUCAAGGCCGAUCGGCUGUUUCAGAUACCAGAACGUUUACAGUGAGCGAUCGUUCAACAAAGAUAGAGAUACCAUUGGAGAUUGUGGAUGAUGCAGAUGCGUUUCGACGCAUAUCUUGGAGCCUUCUUCUCAAGUUAGUUGAGCAUGUACAAAACGAAGGAUGCAGCAUAAAAUCAUCUCAUCAAUCUUCAGGCAAAGACGACCAAUCCACUACUUCACCAUCCUCAUUAACUCAAGAAGACUCUGAUGCUCUUAAAUUGAAACAGCAAAACGAGCUUUUGAAUGCAAAGCUUAAGGCCGUAAUGACACAGCAUCAAUCUGAAGGAGUUGCUGAUCAUACCCCUUCACCGCCUGAUUUAAGUACAACUAGCCAUGCGCCGGUGAGUCAGCCUGCCGUUUUACAGCCCAGGCGGAAAGGAAUGAGUCUUAUCAAUCCACGUAUGAAAAGACGACGUCAUCCUGGCACAGAUGGUUGA